AUGGAACCUAUAGAGGAAAUUGAACCAAUUGUAAAGGCAUCUGGUGCAACAACAACAACAACAAGUUUGGAAGAAAUUGAUGAUGCUGCUGUAAGUGGUACGGGUGAGGCAUUAGGAAUGUCAGCAAUUGCAAAUGCCUUUAGAAAGUUAAAGGUGGGAUCUGAUGUUAAUUCAUUCGUGGUUCCUGGCUCAUUCAUCUUGGCACAAUCAACUAUCACCAGAGUGGCUCAAAAUUAUUGUGCCCAUUUUGAUCUAUUGAUCAAAGCCAAUAAUAUACAAGAUGAAAAGGAAAGAUUCCUACAAGUAUAUAGAUAUUUUAUGAGUACUCCAAGGAUAUCUGGUGAAAAGAAAAAACCAUUAAAUCCUGUCCUCGGUGAAACAUGUCAAGCCUAUGCUGACAUCCCAAACCAAGAAAAAGGAUCAACCUCUUCAAGAGUACAUGUAUUUUCAGAACAAAUACUUCAUCAUCCUUUACCAAUUAGUUGUACUCAUGUAUAUAGUAAAGAAGAAGGAAUAUCAGUAUCUUAUUAUCACCCAGUCCGUGGUAAUUUUAUGGGAACCUAUGUUAAACUAUCAUUUGAAGGAGAGAUGGUUAUUAAAUUGGACAGAUUUGGUGAAGUGUAUAAAUCGACCAUGCCAACGAUUGCCAUUCGAUUCCUAAGAGAUUUCGUAGAGUAUUUGGGUAAAGUAGAGUUGACUUGCAACAAGAAUGACUAUCGUAUCAAAACUACAUUUUGUCCAAAAUCAUUGCUCUUUGGAUCAAAUAAUGUCGUCGAGGCUAAAGUAUACAAGGGCAAGGAAAAGAUACAAAAGAUUAAAGGAUGUUGGGAUCAAGAACUAAAGAUUAAUUCAGAGUAUAAAAAAGAUGAUUAUACAACACUAUGUAAAAGAACUGAUUUGACAAUCACCGAAAUACAAUUCCCAAGCUCGCUACUCGAUACAGACUCUACCAAGGUUUGGGGCGACCUAUUUGAAGCUGCCAAAUCAGGUACCUCUAAAGACAUUACAAGAGAAAAGACAAAGGUUGAGGAAGCACAACGAAAGAUAGCAGCCGAACGAAAAGCAAAUGGUGUCGAAUGGGUACCAAAACAUUUCCAUAAACAAGGUGAUGAAUGUAUAAAAAAAAAAAAGAGUAAAUAUCAAAAGAAGAAAAGAUAUAAAAGGGAAAAUCUUGUCUUGGUGUUAAUUGCAUGGGAGCCAACCGUUGUCCGGAAUUUCGGGUGUCGUUUAAAUUCAACAAUAGAAAAAGAAGAAGAAAUGGGAAACAAAGAUAACAAAAAAGAAAAAAAGGAUAAAAAGAAAAAGGAUAAGAGAUUAGAGGUUGAAGAGGAAAUACCAGAGGAAUUUAAAAAUACCGAUGAUACUGCUGCUGAUGGAACAUCAACCACUACCACUGCCACCAAUACAUUGGUAUUGAAUACAGAUGAAAUAGAUGAAGCAACUGCCAAUGGAUCUCCAAGUCUAUCAGUAAUAACAUCACUUGCCAAGAAACUAACGUUGGGAGCUGACCUCUCAUCUUUUGCUUUGCCCGGUGCUUUUGUGUUACCCAAGUCAUCUCUAACCUAUUUCUCUGAGAAUAGUUCAUCGCAUUUCGAUCUUUUACUCAAGGCUAAUACCAUACAAGAUGAAAAGGAAAGAUUCCUACAAGUCUAUCGAUACCUAUUGACAUCACUAAAGAUCCAUGAAGAUACCACAAAGAAACCAUUGAAUCCAGUCCUCGGUGAGACUCUCCAAGGUUAUGUCGAUUUUUGUGAUGAAGAUCUUAAUGAAUCAAGAGGUCAUAUUUAUGCUGAACAAAUAUCUCAUCAUCCACCAAUUAGUUGUUCAACAGUUUAUAACAAGGAAGCUGGAGUUUCGGUAUCUUAUUAUCACCCAGUUCGUAGUAAUUUUAUGGGAACUUAUGUUAAACUGACACUUGAAGGAGAGGUAGUUAUCAAAUUGGAUAAAUUCGAUGAAGUGUACAAGAGUACCUGUGCAACGAUGGCUAUUAGAUUUUUUAGAAGUUUUAGUGAAUAUGUUGGCAAGACUACACUGACAUGUAACAAGAAUGAAUAUCGUAUUAAAUCAUCGUAUUAUCCAAAACCAUUGUUGUACGGUUCCUACAAUUCAAUGGAAGCCAUUUUGUACAAUGGUAAAGAGAAAUUACAAAAGAUUAAAGGGUGUUGGGACCAAGAACUAAAGAUCAACACGGAAUACAAAAAAGACGACUAUACACCAUUCCUAAAGAGAAAGGGUAUGAUCCCAUCGAAAAUAGUCUAUCCAAAGGAAUUGGCCGAUACAGACUCUACCAAGGUUUGGGGUGAUCUAUUUGAAGCUGCCAAAUCUGGUGUACCCAAAGACAUUACAAAAGAAAAGACAAAGGUUGAAGAAGCACAAAGAAAAUUGGCAGCUGAAAGAAAAGAAAAAGGUUUCGAAUGGAAACCAAUUCAUUUCCAUAAACAAGGUGAUGAUUGGUUAUUAAAUGAUAAUGAAAUUAUAUUAAAAUAA